AAAUUAUGCCAGUUUGAAGCUAAAAAUCUUCAUCAACAUCAAAAGGGAUUCAUUCUGCGCUGCAAAGUGAUUUUUUAUCAGUUCCGAUAAGCGAAAUUAAAUAAAUUAUAUUUGAUUGAGUUCAAGAAAUUAGGUUCCAUUUUUACAUUGAAAGUCUAGUUGGGAGUGAAAAGUGCUUUCCGGAAAUUACCUUUUUCCGUACCCCGUGGAUUCGGAUCGUGGUCUAACCUCAAUAUUUGAUCAAAACAAAAGGAAUUGCUUUUUCUCGGAACGAAAACAAGACUGCGCAAUGGCGGCCGUAAUCCGACUGAAAAGACGAGUGGACGAAGAUCCGCUGGAUGCCUUCGUGUUGAACUGCAAACGACAACGGACAGACGGUGAUGUUGCACAGCAGGGCGCUGCUGGCGGUGCCAAUGCUGAUGUGUCCGGUGAGACUUCCACGGUUUUGAAAUUCGCGGGGACGUUUUCGGAGCCGGGUAGCAUUCCCACCCAUCUGCAGCAACGAUUGUCUAAGGAUGAAGCCAAGGAAGCCAUUUCACGGGAGCAUCGACCUAGGUUUGCCAUCCGGAAUCGGGAAGCACUACGACAGAACGCACAAAACAGUCGCUUCCGGAUUGUGAACUGCACACGAUCGCUCAGCCAGGUGGAUGGAGUUGAGGGGGCUACCAUUGUGGACGUGGAAAAGGACAUUGUUGCGGCUGCGGCAGGACCAGCGAUUGCGGAAAGUAGUAGUUCGCAGGAAAAGCAACCCGAUACCGUGGAACAAGAUUAUGUGUACGAUCUGUACGUUGUGGACGAGGCGCAGCAGCAGCGACACAUCCCAUACAUACCGGACAAUCUGGACGACAUCAGUGUUGCCAUUCAGGACAAUCCGCUCUAUUCGAGCCAUCGUGCUUUUGCCGACCGGUCAGAUGAUUCGAUGGACGAAGAUUCAGAAGAUUCCAACGAUGAGAACAACUGGCGUAACGAUUAUCCCGACGAGGACGAGGACGAGUUCAAUGAUUGCCAGAGCAUUGAGGACUAUGAUAUGAGGCGAGCCGUUGAGGAUCUGAAUCUGGAACCGGAUCUGUCGUCCGAUGACGAUGAUGAUGAUUUAGUAUACGGGGCCCGGAUAGGUGGCAGGCGGACUAUGAUCAGUCCAACGUAUGAUGACGGUGACGAUGAUGAUGACGAAGAGUAUCGCGAUGCCGAAGACGAUGGGGUAAAUGCAAACGAUGUUAAACGGUUUGGGGUGGACUAUGCGCGGUUCAAGGCACGAGUUAUGAAGCAAUUUGAUAAGAAGACCAAUGCGAGUGAUUCGGAUGAGAACAACUCGGAGGUCGAUGAUGGUGACGAUAGGUCCUCCGCUUCUGAAAAUGAUUCUAACAAUAGUGAAGAGGAUUUUGAUUUGUAUGAUUGAAAUUAUCCUAUGCAUGAUUAUUGAAGAUUAUAAGUAUAAGAAUUAAUAUAAUAAAAAUUAUAAUUCAAAGAAAUAAAA